AGUUUAUCUUAAACCUUUAUAUACACCUCAGUCAUUGCAAUUGGAAUUACAAUUGAGAACUUUGAAGAAUUUGCUUGAAAGCGUUAGUGAAGAUAAACCAGAACCCUUGGAAACAUUACUUACAGACUUAGAAAGUGCUUGGAAUAGUUAUUUAGAAUUUGAUUGUUGGGAAUUUGAAACGUCAAUAAAAUCAGGAAUUAAUUCUAAAAGUAAUUCAAAAGGAACUUCUAAAAGAACAUCUCAAAAAUCUUCAAACGCAUUAAAGAUGAACAAAGAUACAUUCCACAUAGGUACUUCAAUAUCUGGCAGAAGGAUAUCUGAAAAUCAAGCUGAUCCACAUAGAGAAUGGGCAGCAAUCCUUAAUAAUAUUUUUUCUGAUUGUACAUUUAAGUAA